AUGAAGAUAGACUUACACUGUCACAUCCUGCCCAAGGAAUGGCCCAAUCUAAAACAGAGAUAUGGAUAUGAAGGUUGGGUCCAACUUCACCAUCACUCUGAGGGUGAAGCAAAAAUGAUGAAAGAUGGCAACAUAUUCAGAGUGGUACAAAAAAACUGCUGGGAUCCACAAGUACGGAUUCAAGAAAUGGAUCAAGCAGGUGUAACAAUGCAGGCUCUUUCUACUGUUCCUGUUAUGUUCAACUAUUGGGCAAAACCCAAGGAUACCCUGGAUCUAUGCCAUAUUUUGAAUGAUGACAUUGCAGCCACAGUACGUGAGCACCCAAAGAGAUUCACUGGCCUUGGUACACUGCCCAUGCAAGACCCAGAACUCACUGUUCAGGAAAUGCAUCGUUGUGUGAAAGAUUUGGGAUUUCCUGGAGUUCAAAUUGGCUCCCAUAUCAACGAUUGGGAUCUGAAUUGCCCAGAACUUUACCCAGUGUAUGCUGCUGCAGAAAAGUUAAAAUGUGCCAUAUUUGUACACCCUUGGGAUAUGAAGAUAGACGGGAGAAUGUCGAAGUACUGGCUUCCGUGGCUUGUAGGUAUGCCGGCUGAAACAACCACUGCGAUUUGCUGCAUGCUGUUUGGUGGAAUAUUUGAAAGAUUUCCAAAAUUGAAAGUGUGUUUUGCCCAUGGAGGUGGUGCUUUUCCAUAUACCAUUGGUAGGAUUGAACAUGGAUUCAAUGUCCGCCCUGACUUGUGUGCGAGGGACAACAAGGCAAACCCUCGAAAGUACCUGAACCAUUUUUACACAGACUCAUUAGUACAUGAUCCACUUGCACUAAAGCUGUUGGUGGAAGUGAUAGGGAAAGACAGGGUGAUGCUGGGGACAGAUUAUCCAUUCCCAUUGGGUGAACUGAAACCAGGAGCUCUUAUCGAAUCUAUGGAAGAAUUCAGUGAUGAACUUAAAGAUAAGCUCCUCGCCAAAAAUGCACUGGAGUUCCUUGGCUUUGAAAAGAAACAGUUUAUUUGA